GAGAGGAGGCGUGGUGUCCCGCAGCCGGCUGGGGGACUUCGCGGAGCCGGGCCUGCGGGACUACAGGAUGGGCUGAGUCGGCGGCGGCUCUCAGGACGAGAAGCCAGGCUUGAAAAUGGAGAUGUAUGAAACUCUUGGAAAAGUGGGAGAGGGAAGUUAUGGAACGGUCAUGAAAUGCAAACAUAAGGAUACUGGGCGGAUAGUGGCCAUUAAGAUAUUCUAUGAGAAACCAGAAAAAUCUGUCAACAAAAUUGCAACGAGAGAAAUAAAGUUUCUAAAGCAAUUUCGGCAUGAAAACCUGGUCAAUCUGAUUGAAGUUUUUAGACAAAAAAAGAAAAUUCAUUUGGUAUUUGAAUUUAUUGACCACACAGUCUUAGAUGAGUUGCAACAUUACUGUCACGGACUAGAGAGUAAGCGACUGAGAAAGUACCUGUUCCAGAUUCUUCGAGCGAUUGAGUAUCUUCACAAUAAUAAUAUUAUCCAUCGAGAUAUAAAGCCUGAGAAUAUUUUAGUCUCCCAAUCAGGGAUUACUAAGCUCUGUGAUUUUGGGUUUGCAAGGACAUUAGCAGCUCCUGGGGAUGUCUACACAGAUUAUGUGGCCACUCGCUGGUACAGAGCUCCGGAACUGGUGUUAAAAGAUACCUCUUAUGGAAAACCAGUGGACAUCUGGGCUUUGGGCUGUAUGAUCAUUGAGAUGGCCACUGGCAAUCCCUACCUUCCUAGCAGUUCAGAUUUGGAUUUGCUCCACAAGAUUGUUUUAAAAGUAGGCAACUUGACCCCGCACCUGCACAACAUCUUUUCCAAGAGUCCUAUCUUUGCCGGGGUGGUUCUUCCUCAAGUUCAACACCCAAAAAAUGCAAGAAAGAAAUACCCAAAGCUCAACGGAUUGCUGGCAGAUAUAGUUCAUGCUUGUUUACAAAUUGACCCUGCGGAGAGGAUAUCGUCUACUGAUCUUUUGCGUCACGAUUACUUUACUAGAGAUGGAUUUAUUGAGAAAUUUAUACCAGAGCUGAGAGCUAAAUUAUUACAAGAAGCAAAGGUUAAUUCUUUCAUAAAGCCAAGAGAGAAUUUUAAAGAAAAUGAACCUGUGAGAGAUGAGCGGAAACCAGCUUUUACCAAUACACUGCUUUAUGGAAACACAUCACUUCAUGGAAAGGAAAUGGACAAAGACAGAAGACCCAAGGAGAUCAAAGUCAGAGUUCUUAAAGCCAAAGGAGGGAAAGGUGAUGUCCCAGACCUGAAAAAGAUAGAGUGUGAAGGUGAACACCGCCAGCAGGGCACAGCCGAUGACACGCACACCUUGUCUCAGGAUAGAAAGCCCGCCAUUGCUGAAGUGCCAAACCCUGUCAAUCCCAGCAUACACCCUGACGGCGUCAAAGAAGACCCACAUGCUGGAGGUUGUAUGAUAAUGCCACCCAUCAACCUGACAAGCAGUAACUUGAUGGCUGCAAAUCUCAAUUCAAACCUCUCCCACCCUAAUUCACGGUUAACUGAAAGAGCAAAAAAGAGGCGCACUUCUUCACAAACCAUUGGACAUACUUUGUCUAAUAGCAGACAGGAGGACACAGGUCCCACGCAAAGCCAAGCAGAGAAAGGAGUAUUUAACGACCGAACAAGUCAGAGUGAUCAAAUGGCAAGUGGAAACAAAAGAAAGCUGAAUUUUCCCAGAUGCGACAGGAAAGAAUUCCAUUUCCCUGAACUGCCAUUCACAAUACAGGCAAAGGAAACGAAAGGAAUGGAAGUUAAACAGGUGAAAGUGCUGAAGAGAGAGGCGAAGAAAACAGAUUCACCUAAAAUACCAACUUUACUCACUGUGAACCCAAAUCAAGAACAACAAGAGGCUAAAGAAAUCCUGACAAAGGAAUCCAACGUACAAGAGGUUCGGUGUCCGGUCACUGUGUGUGGAGAUGUACAUGGGCAAUUUCAUGACCUCAUGGAACUCUUUAGAAUUGGUGGUAAAUCACCAGAUACAAAUUACUUGUUUAUGGGAGACUAUGUGGACAGAGGAUAUUACUCAGUUGAAACAGUUACACUGCUUGUAGCUCUUAAGGUUCGUUACCGUGAGCGUAUCACCAUACUCCGAGGGAAUCAUGAGAGCAGACAGAUCACACAGGUUUAUGGUUUCUACGAUGAGUGUUUAAGGAAAUACGGAAAUGCAAAUGUUUGGAAAUACUUCACAGACCUUUUUGACUACCUUCCUCUCACUGCCUUGGUGGAUGGGCAGAUCUUCUGUCUACAUGGCGGUCUGUCACCGUCCAUAGACACACUGGAUCACAUCCGAGCACUUGAUCGCCUACAAGAAGUUCCUCAUGAGGGUCCAAUGUGUGACUUGCUGUGGUCAGAUCCAGACGACCGUGGCGGCUGGGGGAUAUCUCCUCGAGGAGCUGGUUAUACCUUUGGCCAAGAUAUAUCUGAGACAUUUAAUCAUGCCAAUGGCCUCACGUUGGUGUCCAGAGCUCACCAGCUGGUAAUGGAGGGAUAUAACUGGUGCCAUGACCGGAAUGUAGUAACAAUUUUCAGUGCUCCAAACUAUUGCUAUCGUUGCGGUAACCAAGCUGCAAUCAUGGAACUUGACGACACUCUUAAGUAUUCUUUCUUGCAGUUUGAUCCAGCACCUCGUAGAGGCGAGCCACAUGUCACUCGUCGUACCCCAGACUACUUCCUGUAAUGGAAAUUUAAACUUGUACAGUAUUGCCAUGAACCGUAUAUUGACCUAAUGGAAAUGGGAAGAGCAACAGUAACUUCAAAGUGUCAGAAAAUAGUUAACAUUCAAAAAACUUGUUUUCACACGGACCAAAAGAUGUGCCAUAUAAAAAUACAAAGCCUCUUGUCAUCAACAGCCGUGACCACUUUAGAAUGAACCAGUUCAUUGCAUGCUGACGCGACAUUGUUGGUCAAGAAUCCAGUUUCUGGCAUAGCGCUAUUUGUAGUUACUUUUGCUUUCUUGAGAGACUGCAGAAAUAGGAUGUAAACAUUAACACCCGUGAGUCCAGUUGACUUCCACUUAGCUGUAGCUUACUCAGCAUGACUGUAGAUGAGGAUAGCAAACAAUCAUUGGAGCUUAAUGAACAUUUUUAAAUAAGUACCAAGGCCUCCCCUCUUGUUUUGUUUCUUUUCAGGGAUACCAUUUAAUUUAAUUGUAUGAUUUGUCUGCACUCGGUUUAUUCCCUUCUCCAAUCUCAGCCCCACGUUGUUCUUUGUUAUUGUCAGAAACCCUGGUGAGUUGUUUUGGAUAGAACUGUUUCCCCUCCUGUAAGAUGACGUCACUGCACAGUCACCGCAGUGUUUUCAUAAUAAACUUGAGAACGGAGAGAGUCAGCUUUGGAUUGUAUCAGUGGGCACGACUGGUGCUGUUUAUUACACAAGAUAAAUCAAUUGAUCAAUUUCGGAAUUUGUAGAAUUCCGGGUAAAGAAAAAUAAAGAUCAAGGCCACUGUGUAACCUCUCUGGCAACUCCUUGGCGUUCUUCAGAAGAACUUGGGGACUUGUUUGUCUGACAUUGCAGUUUGUCUUGUUGCUGGCCUGCGCUUGUGAAAGGAAUCUGCUGCUUCAGUAGGACUUGAUUGUUAAAACAUAGAACUCAAGAGUUUGUUUUUAGGAUUUUACUUAAAAUGGCAUGUUUUCAGGUAGAACUUAACAAACUAAAUGAUGUGUCUAAUUAGUGUAGUUUCUGGUUAUAAAUAUAUUGUUAUGUAUAUUUCAUAACUCUUUAAAAUGAUUGACAGAAUGGUAAGUUCUUAACAAACAUUUGUACAUUUCUUGUCAAGUCGUGAUCUAGAGUUAAAUUUGUCUCAGAUAAGCUGUUAGAGCCUUAGCCUGUGUUAAGUUCCUUAAGUGGUAAAUCAGUGAAGCCAAGUAGGAGCCAACUUUUGGGUUAGGAUUUGUGUUUGGUCCCAGACCCGAGAGUGGUACCUGAGUGCCAUGCUCAGCAAGUUUGCCCUUAUAUUCUUUGACUUGGCAUAGAAAACGAAGAGUUCUUCUGCGGGGACUGAAUAUUUGCUAUUCUAAGCUGCCUGGGCAGACAUCAGGAUGCGUAAUCAUUGCUGUGUGAGUGUGGUAAAUAAAUGCUUCCUUGCUUUGUGCUGUGUUGAA